UUGUUCUUAAUAUGAGUAAAAACAGCACAGAGACUAACAAAAGGCUCAGCAAUGGAUCUUUCCGAUCGAUUUUUAUGCAUGCCGACCGUGUUGACAUCUUUCUGAUGGUUCUUGGGUUUUUUGGCGCCGUCGGAGACGGAAUUGCGAUGCCGACGAUGUUGUUUAUCACCAGCACAAUCAUGAAUGAUAUCGGAGACUCUGCCACUGUUUCCACAAAUGUCUUCACCGACAAAAUUAACGAGAAUGCAGUAAAUCUCUGUUAUAUGGCAAUUGGGAUAUGGGUAGCAUGUUUUCUUGAGGGGUAUUGCUGGGCAAGAACAGCAGAAAGGCAAGCAUCAAGAUUAAGAUCAACUUAUUUAAAAGCCGUUUUACGGCAAGAAGUGGGUUAUUUUGAUUUGAAUGUAACAAGCACGGCGGAGAUCAUUACCAGUGUUUCCAGUGAUAGCCUUCUCAUUCAAGAGGUCAUCAGUGAAAAGGUGCCAGUGUUCGUGAUGAAUGUGUCGAUUUUUGGUGGGGCUUAUGUUGUGGGAUUUAUAUUACUAUGGAGGCUAGCAAUUGUUGGGCUUCCAUUCAUCCUACUUUUAGUUAUACCAGGUUUGAUCUAUGGAAGGGUUCUGAUGAGCUUAUCAAGAAAGAUCAGGGAGGAGUAUAAUAAGGCUGGUACGGUGGCGGAGCAGGCGAUUUCUUCAGUGAGGACAGUUUAUUCUUUUGUGGGUGAAAAUAAGACGAUAACGGAAUACUCUUCUGCUUUAGAAGGAACUGUGAAGUUGGGUUUAAAGCAAGGUUUGGCUAAAGGAGUGACAAUUGGUAGCAACGGUGUCGUUUUUGCCGUUUGGUCUUUCUUGUCAUGGUACGGUAGUCGAUUGGUGAUGUACCAUGGCGCUAACGGUGGAACCGUGUUUGCUGUUGGAGCUGCCGUCGCCAUUGGUGGACUAUCAUUGGGUUCUGGAUUAUCCAACGUCAAGUAUUUUUCGGAUGCAAUCGCUGCUAGCGAACGCAUAAGAGAAAUGAUCAAAAGAGUCCCGGAGAUUGAUUCCGAUAGCAUGGAAGGGGAGAUAUUACAAGAAGUUUCCGGCGAAGUCGAAUUCAAAAACGUAAACUUUGCAUACCCGUCGAGGCCGGAAUCAGUGAUAUUCAAAGCCUUCAACUUCAAAGUUCCGGCAGGGAGGACGGUGGCGUUGGUCGGUGGGAGUGGUUCUGGUAAAUCGACGGUGAUUGCAUUGUUGCAGAGGUUUUACGAUCCUCAAGGAGGAGAGAUUUAUGUAGACGGGAUGAGCAUCGAUAAACUUCAACUAAAAUGGCUUAGAUCACAAAUGGGUUUGGUAAGUCAAGAGCCUGCUUUAUUUGCAACCACCAUUAAAGAAAACAUAAUUUUCGGCAAAGAAGAUGCCGCCAUGGAAGAAGUGAUUGAAGCUGCGAAAGCUUCAAAUGCUCAUAACUUCAUAUCUCAGUUGCCUCAGGCCUACGACACUCAGGUCGGGGAACGAGGAGUUCAAAUGUCCGGUGGGCAAAAGCAAAGAAUUGCAAUUGCUCGUGCAAUAAUCAAGUCGCCUCGUAUUCUUCUCUUGGACGAGGCGACAAGUGCCCUCGACUCGGAAUCAGAACGAGUCGUUCAGGAGGCACUCGAUCAAGCCUCCGUUGGUCGGACCACCAUCGUCGUAGCUCAUCGUCUCACCACAAUACGAAACGCCGACGUAAUAGCCGUCGUCAACAACGGUCAGGUGGUCGAGUCGGGCUCUCACAACGAACUCAUCCAACUCGAAAACGGGUUCUACACAUCCCUCGUCCGCCUCCAAGAAACCAAACCACACGACGAACCCACCAACCAUUUCCCACUCGGACCAUCAUCGGCAUUCGACGUCCACAACACGAGCAGCCGUCGACACUCGAUAGUCAGCCGCUCGAGCUCUAUAAACUCGGUCAACCACGGUGAAAACCCGAACUUGGCCAACGAAGAAUUUCCGGUACCGUCCAUUAAGCGGCUUUUAGCGAUGAACGCUCCUGAAUGGAAGGAAGCGUUGUUUGGGAGUGUAGGAGCUGUUCUAUUUGGUGCAGUUCAGCCGGUUUAUGCAUUCGCAAUGGGGUCGAUGAUAUCGGUGUAUUUCUUGGCUGAUCACGAUGAGAUCAAGCACAAAACGAUGAUUUAUGCAUUGUGUUUUGCGGGAUUGGGGGUUUUUUCGAUGGUAAUCAACAUCAUUCAGCAUUACAAUUUUGCAGCCAUGGGUGAGUACUUAACAAAGAGGGUCCGAGAACGGAUGUUGUCGAAGAUACUCACCUUCGAAAUUGGGUGGUUCGAUCAGGAUGAGAAUGCGAGCGGAGCCAUCUGUUCGAGGCUCGCGAAAGAUGCCAACGUGGUGAGAUCGUUGGUUGGCGAUAGAUCCGCGCUUCUAAUUCAAACGUUCUCGGCAGUGAUGAUUGCUUGCACGAUGGGGUUGGUGAUUGCUUGGAGAUUAGCGGUGGUUAUGAUCGCAGUUCAGCCGAUUAUAAUCGUUUGCUUCUAUUGCAAACGAGUUUUAUUAAAGAACAUGUCGCAAAAAGCCAUGAAAUCACAAGACGAAAGCAGCAAGCUCGCAGCCGAAGCGGUUUCAAAUCUGCGUACUGUCACCGCCUUUUCAUCUCAAGCACGAAUCCUGAAAAUGCUCCAAGAAACCCAAAAAGCGCCAAUGCGGGAAAGCAUUCGGCAAGCUUGGUAUGCUGGAAUCGGGCUCGGGUUCUCUCAAAGCCUUAUGGCUUGUACUUGGGCUCUAGACUUUUGGUACGGUGGGAAAUUGAUUAGCGAUGGUCAUCUCGGGGCAAAAGCACUCUUCCAGACAUUUAUGAUCUUGGUAAGCACCGGCAGGGUCAUCGCAGAUGCUGGAACCAUGACAAAUGAUCUAGCCAAAGGGUCCGAUGCGGUUCGGUCUGUGUUUGCAGUAUUGGACCGUUACACCUUGAUCGAACCCGAGGACCCCGAUGGUAAAAAGCCGGAGAUCAUUACAGGCCAUGUAGAGUUACGUGACGUUUACUUCGCUUACCCUUCUCGACCUGAUGUCAUGAUCUUUAACCGUUUCUCAAUCAAUAUCGAAGCCGGAAAAUCAACUGCAUUAGUUGGACAAAGUGGGUCCGGCAAGUCGACCAUAAUCGGGUUAAUCGAACGUUUUUACGAUCCGAUGAAAGGUGUUGUUAAAGUCGAUGGAAGAGAUAUAAAGUCGUACCAUUUAAGAACUCUAAGGAAAUACUUCGCACUAGUGAGCCAAGAACCGACAUUAUUCGCUGGUACUAUACACGAAAACAUCAUCUACGGGGCAUCAGAGGAAGUUUCGGAAUCGGAGAUCAUCGAAGCUGCAAAAGCAGCCAAUGCUCAUGAUUUCAUAGCGGUUUUGAAAGACGGGUACGAUACAUGGUGCGGAGAUCGAGGGGUCCAACUCUCCGGAGGACAAAAGCAACGCAUUGCUAUAGCUCGUGCCAUACUGAAAAACCCCGCAAUUCUGUUACUAGACGAGGCCACGAGCGCGUUGGAUAGUCAGUCGGAGAAAGUGGUUCAAGACGCACUGGAGCGGAUGUUGGUGGGGCGGACGAGCGUGGUGGUGGCGCACCGGCUGAGUACGAUCCAAAGUUGCGAUACGAUUGCGGUUUUGGAGAAAGGGAAGGUGGUGGAGAAAGGGAACCAUGGUUCGUUGCUAGGGAAAGGGGCGAGUGGAGCUUAUUAUAACUUGGUCACUCUUCAAAAGCCUAAUUCUGCUAACCACUAAAUUAAGCAUUUUGGUGACAUGGUAGAUUCUAGCAACAUUUGUGUUGUGAAAACCCCAUUUUACCACCAAAAUGGUUGACGUAGUUUAGGGUUAUAUGUAACGGGAUUCAAAAUUGUCGAAUAAUUAAUCCUAGUUUGAUGUUAAUGAUAAA